AUGUCCAACUCACUCGUCAGCCUCGCGCUCCCCGUCCUGGGGAGGGUGUCGGUCCCGCGGGUCAUCGAGUUCCCCUACACUGGCUUCUCAGCCUACACGCUCAAUGUUCUCCUGUCGCUCGUCGCGCUGGGCAUCUUCGCCCUCAUCUCGCCCUUUGUCAUCCUCGCCCUCUACCGCAAGCACAAGUCGGUGUACAAGAACCUCCCCGGCCCAAAGCCCCAGACCUGGAUCGCCGGCAACCUCCUCGAACUCGUCUUCCAGAAGAGUCUGAUCGUCUUCGACAAGUGGGUCAACGAGUAUGGCUCGACGCACAGGUGGAUGGGCAUCAUGGGCGUGACGCGCCUUACGACCGUCGACCCUGGAGCCAUCAACUUCAUCCUCCAGAACGUCAAGCUCUUCGAGAAGCCUAGGGGCCAGCUGCUCGCUCUCAAGCGCUUCAUCGGUGACGGCCUCGUCAACAACGAGGGUGCUGCCCACCGUCGCCAGCGCCGUGCUCUCAACCCGGCCUUUUCGCCUGCCCACAUCCGCGACCUCGGCCCCAUUUUCCACCGCCACGGUGAGGCCUUCAAGACCCGCAUGGACGCCAUCUUCGACGGCACCGUUACGGACGAGGCCGUCAUGCAGCAGGAGAACCUCAAGUACAAGGACGAGAAGAACGGUCUCGGCCUCGACAUGCUCAUGCUUUCCGAGCGCUCGUCUGGCGACACGGUCGGGUCGGCCAUGUUCGGCUACGAGUUUGACUUUAUGAACAACCCCGACCACCCUGUCAUCCCUGCCCUCCGCCACGCGUCGUACAAGGCCAUUAGCGACGUGGACCGCGGUCUUGCCGAGCUGUGGGAGACGAUCCCCUGGAUGGACAAGAUCCACACGCCUGGAUGGAGGACUGGAAACAUUGCAAAGGUCACUACCCAGAAGUACGGAAAGGAGGUAAUCGAGAAGAAGUUGCAGCAGCAGGCCGAGAUCAACGACUAUGAGGGCAAGGACGUCCUCUCUCUCCUCGCACACUCGAUCGGCCAGGACCCCAACCUCCGCGAGGACCUCAGGCUCACUUCAGGCGAGGCGCUCGACCAGUUCUCGACCGCCUUCCUCGCUGGCACCGGCACGACUGGCAGCGCGCUCGCGUGGGCCUUCCACUAUCUGGCAAAGAACCCCAAGGUGCAGGACAAGCUUCGCGAGGAGCUCAACUCUGUCGGCACGGACGAGCCCGACUCGGACACGCUCCACAGCCUAGUCUACCUCGAGAACUUUACCCACGAGCUCAUGCGCAUCGAGGCGCCUGUUCCCCUCGUCGCCCGCGAGCCUCUGCAGGACAUUGUUCUCCCCCUCUCCCGCCCUAUAGACGGCACAGACGGCACAAAGCUCGACAGCAUCCUGGUGUCCAAGGGCACCAUGAUCCUCAUCCCUGUCCAGUCGGUCAACCGCGACAAGCGCAUCUGGGGCGAGGACGCCCUCGAGUUCAACCCCGACCGCUACGACCGCAACGGCCUGCCAAAUGAGAAGAUUGUCAGCUCGUACGGCAACAUUCUUUCGUUUAUCGGCGGCCUGCGCAACUGCAUCGGCUUCCGCUUCUCCAUGGCCGAGUUCAAGCACACGCUCUUCUGCGUGCUCCGCCACUACUCAUUCGAGGAGCUCCCAUCACGCCCCGAGAUCGCCGCCCACCUCCCCAUCGCCGUCACCCGGCCACAUGUCGUUGGCAUGAAGGGCGAGGAGUCGUACAAGAUGCCCAUUCUCGUCAGGCGACUCGAGAACUAG